UAUAAAGUGUAAGUCAGCUUAAUUUCUUUUUUUUCUGGUUGUAUAUCGGGUGCAAUUGGAAACAUUUCAAAUAAUAACAAACAUCUUAAAUAUUCCCAGAAGCCAUGAUUAAAUUUUAUAGACCAUGCGGUUUGAUUGGUACUUUCAAUUCGUGAAGUUCUCCCCAGAAAAUUCAUCGUAAAAUCGUUUACCUGAAGCAUGGUAAAAGAAAUAGUAGUGGAGAAUACAAAGGCGUUAGCUAUGGAGGUCACCUGUUCCCAUUGUAAUAGUUAUUGCAAAUCAGAGCGAAAACUGCGCAAAGAGCUUAGUGGUCCUCUAUUACCUUGUAGCGAGUGGCAGGUGGAAGAUGUAGUGAAAUGGGCAAAAGAUCGUGAAAUGCAUUUCGAGGUCAUAAAUUGCUUGGCAGCUGAACAUAUUGAUGGCAGUGAUCUUCUAGAAUUGAGUGAAAAUGAUAUCCAUGAUUUUCGUUAUCGUCUUCAAUACCAUCUUACUAUGAGUGAUAUGAAAAAACUUUGGGUAGCGGUGCGCACAUUGCAACGGAGUCAGCUUCCAGUACCUUCGCAAUCCGAUGGCACAUUUUUGCAAAUGAAUGCUUCAGUAUCACCGGAUGAUUCGCUAUUAAGUCCCCACAAAACCCAGCAACACUGUAGCUCUGGCUGUUACAAUAUAGGCACUUGUAGUUGUCCGCUCACUCGAACUACUUGUAGUGGUGCAAGUUAUUAUUCCGAUGCAUGUGCACCACCGCCACCGCCGACGUUAAGUGGUAGUGCGGAAGGUGACAAUCUGUCACCUCCUAUGUCAGUCGAUGGCCGCGCAACUAACAUACCUCCAGAACUAUUUAAAACAGCCAUUAGCUUAGGUUACUCAUUCCUCGUCACUUGGAUAACAUCAUUUGUUAUGGUCAUAGUUCACGAGCGUGUGCCUGAUAUGAAACGAUAUCCGCCAUUGCCAGACAUUUUCCUCGACAAUGUGCCUCACAUACCAUGGGCAUUCCAUAUGUGCGAGAUAACAGGCACGUUACUCUUCACAAUUUGGUGCUGCGUUUGCAUCUUCCACAAAUACCGCCUUGUGCUCUUGCGACGGUUCUUUGCUCUCGCUGGCACAGUGUUCCUGCUUCGAUGUGUUACAAUGUUAAUAACAUCAUUAAGUGUACCAGGCACACAUUUGCAAUGCAAUCAAAAUGAUUACGCAGUUGACGAUACUGACCUGACUAUCUCGGAAGCUUUGGAGUUGCGAAUUUCUCGAGCUUAUACCAUUUGGAGUGGGUUAGGCAUGUCUAUUCAGGGCGUUCGUACAUGCGGAGAUUACAUGUUUAGUGGACAUACAGUAGCACUAACUCUGUUAAACUUUUUCAUUACUGAAUAUACACCGCGCAAUUUGUACUUUCUGCACACUCUAACCUGGCUUUUAAAUAUGUUUGGCAUUUUUUUCAUACUCGCUGCACAUGAGCACUACUCAAUAGAUGUGUUUGUCGCCUUUUACAUAACUUCGCGUCUAUUUCUUUAUUAUCAUACACUAGCUAAUAAUCAGGCACUUAUGUCCCACGAUUCAAAUCGCACCCGCAUCUGGUUUCCAAUGUUCAGCUACUUUGAGAGCUCCAUAGAUGGAAUUGUGCCUAAUGAAUUUGAUACAAUCGGCGAUCUCAUCGAUGAUCUACUCCAUUUUGUUUUGAAUGUUAAAGAUACUUGUAUGCUAACAGCACGACGCAUUUGGAUUGAUGCUCCACAAUUUUCUUUAACCAGCGAAAACUCGCCGUUUAUUUCGGAUGCAGCGGACACGCUUAAAGUAACAAAUAAACAGCAUGUAGGUACAUCAAUGAGUACGAGUACCAGUUCAAUUCCGAGUCAAACCCAGAUUCCUUUUGACGCAAUCAAUAAAAGGACGCAUGCAACGUUAGAACCGUUAGAAUUGACUUCAGACAGUGCCACAACAAAGUCAUCGGCAUCAAUUAAAAGCAUACAAAUCAAUAAAAAGCAGCAGUAGUUGACGUACAUACACAUUUAGGCAACUAAUCGGCAUUUAUGAUAUUUUAGAAUUAUUUUCAGUAAAUUUUAAAUAACUUGUUUAUAGCAUUUAGAUCAUUACAUUCCCCUGCAUACCUAUGUAUAUUUAGCCAUACAAAUAUAUGUGUGUACACAGAUAUGUACAUAUAUACAUACAUUGUCGUUACAUGUAAAAGUGGUGCAUUAUAUUAUAUUUGAAUCAUAUUAACUUAAUAAUUAGAUUUUGAAAAUAUUAGCUUUUUUAGUUUUUAUA